AUGACAUCAGGUGGAAGCCCAGGAGAUGGAAGUCCAGGAGAUGGAAAUCCAAGCGAUGGAAGUCCAGAAGUCGGAAGCCCAGGAGGUGAAAACCGAGGAGGUGGAAGCCCUGGUGCUGGUCGUUGUGAGCAUGGUAUAGGAGCAUUCAGAAAUGGAGAGACGUGGAUGGAUGGCUCUUCUGGUUGUAAACAAUGCCGAUGUGAUAACGGAAAUGUACGGUGUGAUCGCAUAAAUGUGGAGUGUCCGUCAGAGGCAUUUGGUGUCCCAUUGCCAUGCCCGGCUGAUGCAGUCAUACCUGCGCAGGACGCAUGUCACUGUCCCAGGUGUCCAAGCACGGAAGGUGGAAGUCCAGGAGAUGGAAGUCCAGGAGAUGGAAAUCCAAGCGAUGGAAGUCCAGAAGUCGGAAGCCCAGGAGGUGAUAGCCCAGGAGGUGAAAGCCCAGGAGGUGGAAGCCGUGGUGGUGCUCGUUGUGAGCAUGGUAUAGGCGCAUUCCAAAAUGGAGAGACUUGGAUGGACGGCUCUUCUGGUUGUAAACAAUGCCGAUGUGAUAACGGAAAUGUACAGUGUGAUCGCAUAAAUGUGGAGUGUCCGUCAGAGGCAUUUGGUGUCCCAUUGCCAUGCCCGGCUGAUGCAGUCAUACCUGCCCAGGACGCAUGUCACUGUCCCAGGUGCCCAAGCACGGAAGGUGGAAGUCCAGGAGAUGGAAGUCCAGGAGAUGGAAAUCCAAACGAUGGAAGUCCAGUAGUCGGAAGCCCAGGAGGUGAAAACCCAGGAGGUGGAAGCCCUGGUGCUGGUCGUUGUGAGCAUGGUAUAGGAGCAUUCAGAAAUGGAGAGAUUUGGAUGGAUGGCUCUUCUGGUUGUAAACAAUGCCGAUGUGAUAACGGAAAUGUACAGUGUGAUCGCAUAAAUGUGGAGUGUCCGUCAGAGGCAUUUGGUGUCCCAUUGCCAUGCCCGGCUGAUGCAGUCAUACCUGCCCAGGACGCAUGUCACUGUCCCAGGUGCCCAAGCACGGAAGGUGGAAGUCCAGGAGAUGGAAGUCCAGGAGAUGGAAAUCCAAACGAUGGCAGUCCAGAAGUAGGAAGCCCAGGAGGUGAAAGCCCAGGAGGUGAAAGCCCAGGAGGUGGAAGCCCUGGUGCUGCUCGUAAGUUGAACAGGCGACGAAUGGUAUUCAAGAUUGGCAGGUUUUCGCUGUUCUAUGGCAGUUGCAUGUCUGUACGGAUAUAA